AGAUGAUCGAUAAUGAUUUAUGAUCACUUAGUUUGUAGGAUUGAGAUUUUUAUUUUAUUUUAUAUUUUUGUCAAGACAAUGCAUGGUGUGGUGGGCAUAAUUAGGGAGUUUGGUACAGGUAUUAAUAGGCAAAUAAUUAAAUUGUGGAUCUAGCUAGUUGCCGUGAACACUUAUGAUACAUUGGGUCCUAUAAAUUGCAGGUUAAAUUAUGAAAUGACCUUACUUUAUACGGGUGAGGGGCCUGAGAUGCUAUAUAUGUAAGUUUGAUUGUUUGAAAAAGGGGAUUUAUGUAAUUUAUUCUUAGAAUAGAGCAGUUAAUAUGUAGCAUUGGUCUUCCAAUUUAAAAAAAAAGUUCCUUUAGACAACAAGAAUCCAAACUAAAGAGCACAAUCUGCUGACCUAGAAAAACUAUGGAGAGUGAGAUCUGAUGACUUUGUCCACAUCUUCAUUUGGUCAUGCAGCAUUGCAAUUGCAAAGCAAGCCCACGCCCUUGAAUGGAUGCAUGCGCAUCCCUAUGCUAAUUACUUACUAGUUAAUUAUCACAAGUCAAUAAUACCCCAAAAUUAGCCAUUAAUCUGGCCGUACCAGUUUAGUUUUCAUGAUAUCGUAUAAAACAUUGUAUUUAUUAUAUUCGACUUCUUGCAUAUGAUAGUGUAAUCAAUUUAUACUAUAUUAUGUAAGGAGAUCAUAAACAUUAUUGAGCUUGUUGUGUAUGUCUACCAACAAAACAUUAAUUUUUUCUAUCUCACGAUAAUUCAUGAUGUUAAGAAUUUGUCAUUAGCUUAAUGUUAUCAGUCAGGUUUGCAACGAGGACUUGGAGCUUCACUUGUACGAUUGAGGAGUUCAAAGCAUGAGGAUACAAAACUCGUAUUUUCAUCUGUGUGAAUUCAAUCACAUUGCUUCAUAACGUAUGUUUAAGUUUUUUUUAAACCUUUUAGUUGGGAAACACUUGAGAUAAAAGAAAACAAUGAGAUUUGUAACUAAUUAUCUUUGAGAUUUCUAAGUUUGAAAAAUUUUGCCGCUAAAUUAAAUAUUGAUUUGAAGACAAAUAUUCUCACCACACAUGAUUACUCUAAAAAGAAAAAGGGAAAAAACCCUUCUCAUCUAGGAUUUAGGAAGGAACAGAAGAAGAAGAGGAAUGGGAGGAAUAUAUGUCAGUUUGAUGCCAAUUUUUUUUUUUAUAUGUUAACCUCUCUCUCUCUCUCUCUCUCUCUCUCUCUCUCUCUCUCUCUCUCUUUCCACUCACUCUCUCUCUUUCUCAGAUGGAAACACAACCCCAUAAAGCAAGAAGCACUGCACAGUGCACACACAUAAACUUCCACUACACAGCUCAAAGAAACCAAAAGCAAAAGCAGAACCCUCCCUUCCCCACUGCAAACUUUAUUUCCCAUAACAUUUUAAAUUUCUACUUUUUCAUUUUCAGCCAGCCCCCUCUUUCCCCCAUGUUCUUCUUCUGAACCAGCCACCACCACCACCAGCAGCAGAAGAGAGAAGAUCAACGGAGAGCGAGCUGCUUCCCAGUUCCCACAGCUCAAUAAUUCCAGCUUUCCAUAUUCGGAGUUCUACCUCCUUUUGAAUUCUCGUCAUAGAUCGUCUUCACAAUUACUAGCCUUUGCUGAAGGGUGAAUUUGCCUCCAAUCCAUGGAUACAGCCCAGUGGCCACAGGAGAUAGUGGUGAAGCCAUUAGAAGAGAUAGUAGUUGGUGCUACUCCUCAAAAGCCUGGAGGAGGGUUAACACCAACUUCAUCAGGAGGAGGAGGAGGAGGUGGAAGCUUGGAGAGGAAAGUAAGGCCACAAAAGGAGCAAGCUUUGAACUGCCCAAGGUGCAACUCAACCAACACCAAGUUCUGUUACUACAACAACUACAGCCUCACACAGCCCAGGUACUUCUGCAAGACCUGCAGAAGGUACUGGACUGAAGGCGGAUCCCUCAGAAACAUCCCGGUCGGAGGCGGCUCCAGGAAGAACAAGAGACCUUCUUCUUCACUUUCCUCAUCACCAGCCAACACUUCUUCAAAGAAACUCCCUGGUUUGAUUUCCUCUCCCGCUGCUGCCCUGACUCCCAAUUCCUCUGCUGGUAAUGGUAUUGCAACUACAGCAGGUUCCCAAAACCCUAAUAUUAGUAACAAGAUGAUUCAUCAGGAGGGUCAAGAUCUGAACUUGGCCUUCCCACGGAGCUUCACGGAAUUGAUUCAUCAGAAUGGGAAUCAUCACCAUCAUGAUGGUGAGAACAAGAGCCAGAUUUCAGCUAUGGAGCUGCUGACUGGAAUCUCACCAGCCAGGGGAGGAAUAUUGAACAAUCCUAGCUUCAUGCAUAUGCCACCACCACAAUCGUCGCUUGUUCAUCAUCAUCAUCAUCAGGCUGCAGCUGAUCAUGGUGGCGGUGGUGGGGGUUAUAAUACUACAUCUGGGUUGAGUUUCCCGGUGCUGCAACAUCAGGAUUUCAAGCAUAACGGCUUGAGUUUCUCGCUGGAUGGGAUUGGGCUUGGGAUCAGCAGUGAUAAUAAUGAGAGUGGUGAUGGUUAUCAUCAUCAUAAUCAUGAAGGUGGUGGUGGUGGAGGAGGGAGGCCCAUGUUUUCGUUUGAAGAUCUGAAGCAAGUGCCGAACAGCAACACUACCACGAACGAUAGUAAUGGGGAGAUGGUGAGUAAUGGUGAUGGUAAAGAUCAGCAUGCAGAUUCGAGUGGGUACUGGACUGGGAUGUUAGGGGGUGGAUCAUGGUAACUUUUAUUACUUAAUCAGAGCCCGGGAUUUACAAGACAAAGUAUAAAGAGUUAAUCAUCGUUGAUGAGUUGAGUCCUUUUCUUACCCUUUACUUUACUUUGCCUUUCUAGUUUUUCUUUAUGAACAGGGAGGAAAGGGAGAGAGAUUCUCCACUUUCUGUGUAUUGAAAUUUCUUGCUUUGAGGUGGGUGGGUGGUGGUGAUGAUGACUUUGGUUGGGAAUUCCUUCAUUGUUCUUAUUAUUACUAACAGAGGAUAGGAGGACAUGGCGGGAUAAUAUAAUAUACAAUUGGGGGUUUUUAUUUUUCCUUUUGCUUUUCUCUAGCAUAUGAUGAUGAUCUGGAUCAGUUUGAGUUUGGAUUGGCCCUUGAUUGAUCCCAAGUUUGAGGCUUUUUUUGUAAUUUAUGGGGAGUCUCUUACUUCCUAUGUAGCUAACUAGCUAUAUAAUGGUGAUGAUGAGGCUUUGAAGUUUUUAGGAAUUAGCUUCAUUCUAAAGGAUCAUCAUAUAGAAGAAGGAAGAAGAUGAUGGAUGGAGCAGAAGUUAUAUCAAUCUAAAUUCAUGCUCAUGGUAAUGAAGGGUCAGCUUUCGGUUUGGUCGUGUCAGAAGAGUUCGUGAACUACCACUGGAAAAGAAGCUUGAAGCUUAGAGAGAGAGAGAGAGAGAGAGAGAGAGAGAGAGAGAGAGAGAGAGAGAGAGAGAGAGAGAGAGAGAGAGAGAGAGAGAGAGAGAGUAAGGAACAAAAAGCUGGUAAUGCAUGGGUGGGUUGGAGCAGAAGGGUUAAUCAAUGGAGAAAAAGAACAAUUAUGAUAAUUAUUAUAAUGUAAAGAUGACAUGUGGGGGAAUUCGUCAGACAUUAAUUAAUUAGUGUGAGUUGUUUUAAUUAUGGGUUUCCAUAGAAUUGUAAGAUUGCUACAUAUAAUUAUACUAAUCCUGGAAUUUCUGGGUUCAAAUCGGGCUGCUGCUGCUGCUGGGAAAUUUCAAUGUAGUCGUCGUUGUCUCCUUCUUGCUUUUGUCGUAUGCUCUUGUUCCAUUUUUGUUGUGUCUGGUUUCAUGAUAAUCAGUGCACAAAUAAAGAAAACACAAGGCUAUGCAGUCUAUCUACUGUAUACGUACUGGUACUGCCGCCGCAGCUCACUCACACAGCUGGUAAUAACAACAACAAUAAAUAAAUGCAUGAUCAUUAAUGCUUUAAUAUAGGGUAUUUUUGUACAGUAACUUUUCUGGUGUUCUCAAAAUUUCAAUGGAUAUGAUAAAAUUUGCAGAUAAUUAACUAUUAGCUCCAUGACUAAACCCAAAAUGUCAUGAUUAAUGCUUUAAUAAAGGGUAUAUUUUGUACUGUAACUAUUUUACCAUUAACCAGCAGAAGGGAGAAACAAAAAAAAAACACUGAACAAAUUAAAGGGCAAAAAAGAGAGACAUUCAUCAUAUGCACAGAUAUAUUUGGUCCUGCUAAAGAAGAACAGCUUGCUUUGCUGCUAGGUUGAGCAAUGAGCAGAGGGCCAGGUAGAAGACGGUUAAAAACAGUUACUUAUAUCUCUGUAACAUUUUGCCUUUGACCUGUUCUUUAUCAUUACGUGCCCCAUUCUCCCUCCCUCUCUCUCUCCACUACUUCAUUUCUUUCCAUGGACUAUGGUACGAUCCAGCAAUUAAUUUGUGGUAAUCAGAAUGGUUAACUGUUAAUCUUUCAGCAGCCCUUAACCUAACAGAUUCUUGUUUCUCUGUUUUCAUUUAAUGUUCAUAAUCAUAGUUUAGUGAUGGAUGGUUGAAAGAAAGAAAGAAAGAGAAAGAUCUGACCGACGCUUUACUUGGGACAGUAAAGCAGAAGAGACCCACAUAAACAUUCUCCUUGGGGACUGUGUGUCUGUAUGUAUAAGGACAAAGACGAGAAGAAGAAUAAUUCAUUCACGCCACGCCACGCCACGCCACUACUACCAGUCUCCGUUCCGUCGUAACAUCCUACUCACAAAGAAUCAUUAAUCCUAGCUACUCGAUUCUGAUAAGUGAAAUCCGACAGGCCAUCAAUGGUGCUCCACAUUCUCUGUUCAUGUGAACGAAACAUCAAACAGUCUUAGCAUCAUCACCCAGAACGUAUACGAAGAAGAUGGAGUUCAAGUCUCUAGAACAGAAUGUUUCAUUUUCUACCCCAGGAUUUCGUAUCCAGUUGUGCUUGUGCUUGAUGGGUAUAGUACAUAUUCACUUCCAUACUAGCGAGAGAGAAAAAAGAGCAUAAAAAUGG